AUGAAGAAGAUGAUGUUUUGUCAGUCAUAUAAGAUGGACAUACAGAUGAUAACAAUACAGAUGUUUCAAAAGAAAAUAGUUUUCGGUUUGAAAAACCAUCAACAGUUAAUACUAAAACAGUUACAACUUACAACACAGUGUAUCACAAAAGUGAAAAGACAUGAGGAACGAUCAGCUAAAGCUUUUAGUAUUUUAGAGGUGAUGCACAAUGAUAAAAAAUCUAGACAUGCAAAACUAGAAAAGGAAAAAAGAACAAUUGGAUGA